UUACGUAGUACCGUAUCUAAAUGUCUAGUUUCUAAUUAUCAAUAUUUCAAGGGGUGGUCGCUCAAUGGCUACCAGAAGAACGGGAGGUCUAGUCCAGCGGGCGAAUGCCAGUACCAGUGGCAGUGGAUCCAGUAGGGGUGCCUCUGCGUAUGAGGGUCCAUCAAGUAGUGAUGGAGGGGCCAGCGGUGGUGCUACUCCUGAUGCUGAUAUCCCUGGACAAAAGGACUACGAUGAAGAUGAGAGCGGAGACAGUAAGAGCAUGAGGAUGACACUAAUGGAGGAGGUCCUACUACUGGGUCUCAAAGAUAGAGAAGGUUACACGUCAUUUUGGAAUGACUGUAUAUCGUCUGGCCUACGUGGUUGUAUGAUGGUUGAACUUGCUCUGAGAGGAAGGAUAGAACUAGAGAAGCAAGGAAUGAGACGGAAAUCACUGUUGUACAGAAAGGUGUUACUAAAGAGCCCUGCACCAACUGGUGAUGUAUUAUUAGACGAGGCCCUGAGACACAUUAAAGAAACAAGUCCACCGGACAAUGUCCAGUCAUGGAUUGAGUUACUUAGUGGUGAGACUUGGAAUCCACUCAAUCUUCGUUAUCAGAUACGCAACGUUCGCGAGCGAAUAGCAAAGAACCUUGUAGAGAAAGGGAUCCUCACCACGGAGAAGCAAAGCUUUGUCGUCUUUGACAUGACGACUCACCCCCUAACUGACACCACUUCAAAGCAAAGACUCGUGAAGAAAGUCCAAGAAUCUGUACUCACCAAGUGGGUGAACGAAACCAGUCGAAUGGACAAACGGAGUCUUGCGCUAAUAAUCCUGGCCCAUGCUUCUGAUGUGCUUGAGAAUGCGUUUGCGUCUCUGCAAGAUGACGAUUACGACAUGGCGAUGAAAAGAGUUAGACAGCUCCUUGAUGCCGACCCUGAUGAGGAAGCACAGAAGAGCGGGGGAGGGGCAGCAGAGAUGAUAUGGGCUGUUGCAUCAGCUUUUCUCAAAUAAAAAAAGAUUCUCUCUCUCUUUGUACACUAAUAUUAAUAAUAAAGGCAACGUCUAUAGGAAAAAAAUAACAAAAUUAA